UUAAGACUUGUUAUUUUGUUUAAGAGACAGACGUGAUAUGGCACGACACAACUACAAAUUGAAAUAAUGGGGUCGGAAAAUCCUGGGGAUCAGAGCCAGUUGCAACAGCAGUAGCACCCAUGCCUCAGAUUCCAGAAUCACCAGUUACAAAUCCAAAGUAAAUGUCCAGCCGCCCACCUUGUAAUCAACCCUGCCAGCCAAAUUCUGCUCGAGGCCCUCAGCUUCUUGACGCCCUUCUCCAGGUCCUGAGGCUCCUCGGCUCUAACCCACAUCUCUUGUGGAAUAAUCCCACUACAUCCCAUUAUCUUCAUGCAACUUCUCUCACCGGAUCUGCCGUAAUCCUUCAAAAUUAUCAUUCUUAUAAGUGCUCCAACAUCCUAUUUUUGUUUCACCAGAUCGUGGCUGAUGCAACUAUAAAUGCUGAUAAAACCAGCUUAUGCAAGCUUAAGCUAUGUGACUAAAAAUCCAAAAUAAAUUUAUCAACUGUUUCCUAUGUGGUUGGCAAGUUGGUAUCGGUUUUUAGACUGUAGGCGAUUCAACCAUUCGCCCGUUCGUGCCCCCCAAAUUUCCUCUGCGCAAUAACUUACUCGUUAAAUCCAUGCCCGACCUCUGCCCUCUUUCAAAAUUAACAACAGCUUAUCCCAGAUUACUUCUCAUCUUCCUAGCCAGACGCUUCUCCUCCUCAUCAUCAUCAACGCCACCCCUUUCGGUCCCAUCUCAUCAACACAUAUCCUAUCUAAUUUUAGACCAAAAGUCUGCAUCCCAGGCUAUCCAGACCUUCAAAUGGGCCGCACAACUCCCCAACUUCACUCAUUCACACUCCACAUAUCGGGCUCUGAUUCACAAGCUAUGUACUUUCCGUCGUUUUGAUACCGUCAAGCAACUGCUCGACGAAAUGCCCCACUCAAUCGGCUCUGUACCAGAUGAAGACAUUUUUGUCACUAUAGUUCGAGGCCUUGGCCGGGCUCGUAUGAUUCGUGAUGUUAUGCAGAUACCUGAUUUGGUUUCUAAGUUUGGCAAUAACUCAUCUUUGAAAGUAUUUAAUUCGAUACUUGAUGUUCUUGUUAAGGAGGACAUUGAUCUGGCUAGGGAGUUUUAUAGAAAGAAAAUGAUGGGGAGUGGCGUUCAAGGUGAUGAUUAUACUUUUGGGAUUUUAAUGAAGGGUCUUUGCUUGACUAAUAGAAUUGCAGAUGGCUUCAAGCUUUUGCAGGUUAUGAAGUCCAGAGGCAUAAAGCCGAAUGCUGUUAUAUACAAUACUCUUCUUCACGCUCUUUGCAAGAAUGGGAAAGUUGGGAGAGCUAGGAGCUUGAUGAAUGAGAUAGAGGAGCCUAAUGAUGUGACUUUCAAUGUUUUGAUAUCUGGGUACUGUAAAGAAGAUAAUGUAGUACAAGCUCUGACAUUGCUAGAAAAGAGUUUCAGCUUUGGGUUCGUGCCCGAUGUUGUUACAGUGACUAAGGUUGUGGAAAUUCUUUGCAAUGCAGGCCGUAUGAUGGAAUCAGUUGAGAUAUUAGAGAGAGUCGAGAGCAAGGGAGGUGUGGUUGAUGUUGUGGCUUAUAACACCCUGAUAAGGGGCUUCUGUAGACUAGGGAAGGUGAAAGUUGGGCAUCGCUUCUUGAAGGAGAUGGAGAGAAAAGGAUGCCUUCCUAAUGUGGACACAUACAAUAUAUUGAUAUCUGGUUUCUGUGAGUCUGGGAUGCUGGAUAUGGCUCUUGACAUGUUUAAUGAUAUGAAAACGGAUGGGAUCAGUUGGAAUUUUAAUACAUAUGAUACACUAAUCAAGGGUAUGUUUUCAUGGGGUAGCAUUAAAGAUGGGUUUAAGAUCCUAGAAUUGAUGGAAGAGUCUAAAGGUGCUUCUGGGGGUCGUAUUAGUCCUUAUAAUAGUGUGUUAUAUGGUCUUUACAAGAACAAUAUGUGGGAUGAGGCACUUGAGUUUCUAAUAAAGAUGGAAAAUUUAUUUCCUGGAGCUGUUGAUAGGAGCUUGAGGUUAUUAGGCUUCUGCGAGAAGGGUGAGAUUGCAAAUGCAAAGAUGGUUUUUGAUCAAAUAACUAGUGAAGGUGGAAUUCCAAACGUCCUUCUGUAUGAUUGCUUAAUUCAUGGAUUCUGUCAAGAAGGGUUUCUGCGGGAAGCGUUUGAGCUCAUGAAUGAGAUGAUUGGUCACGGUUAUUUUCCUGUUGCAUCAACAUUUAAUGCUCUUAUUAGUGGAUUUUCUGGGCAAGGAAAAGAAGGGAGUGCUUUGAAGCUUGUUGAUGACAUGAUUGGAAGAGGUUGCAUGCCUGAUAUAGGAAGUUACGGUCCUCUGAUUGAUGCUUUGUGUAGGAAGGGGAGCUUUCAGAAGGCUUUCAAUCUCUUCUUACAAAUGGUAGAAAAAGGUGCAACUCCAGAUUAUUUGACAUGGAACUCAUUGCUUCUUUGUCUUAGUCAACAAUCUAUCUGGUUAGAGAACUGGAAUAUAAUCCAUGUCGGUGAUAAAGUGGAAUGGAUAAUAAAGACAUGAUUUAUUAGCUAAUAGAAUUGCCUUGAUAACAAUAUGUUUGAAUUUCCUUAAUCGACAAUGACAUCAGAAUUAUCAUGUUGA